AACACACCGCAAAUAUCUCUCUUUCUCUAUCUACUCAUAAACAGAAAAACUCAACAAACUUCCAAGUUUUCCCUCUCAUCACAUCAAUGGCGCCCAAGGCAGAGAAGAAGCCCGCAGAGGAGAAGAAGGCCGCCGCCGCUGAGAAAGCCCCGGCAGAGAAGAAGCCAAAGGCCGGGAAGAAACUCCCAAAAGAAGCCGGAGCAGCUGCCGGAGACAAGAAGAAGAAGAGGCACAAGAAGAGCGUUGAAACCUACAAGAUCUACAUCUUCAAGGUUCUCAAGCAAGUUCACCCUGACAUCGGAAUCUCCAGUAAGGCAAUGAGCAUCAUGAACAGCUUCAUCAACGAUAUAUUCGAGAAGCUUGCUCAGGAAUCCGCCAGACUUGCUCGUUACAACAAGAAGCCUACCAUCACUUCCCGAGAGAUUCAGACUGCUGUCAGGCUUGUUCUUCCCGGUGAACUCGCUAAGCACGCCGUUUCUGAGGGUACUAAGGCUGUUACCAAGUUUACUAGCUCUUAAAUUAGGUUUUAGUGCUGUUGUUGAAUUUGGGGUUUUAUGGUAGGAAUUAGGGUUUGUGUUGUGAAAAUGGGAGAGAUGUGGGAUAGGGUCAUGGUGGUAUUUUGUUCUGUUAUUGAAUAGGUUUUGUAAUGAUGUAUCUAAUCUUGCAGUUUAAUGGAAAUGCUUUUGUGAAAA